AUGUCAUGUGACGAAGUCCUGAUUUCUCUCCAAAUCAUCAGCGGAUCGGUGGCUAUCGAUCAAGAUUCGCCGAAGUCUGAAAAACCUCGAUUGCCAAAGAUCGAAUUCAGAUCCUUCGAAACUGGAAAAGGCAAUCCAAAACUUUGGUUUGAACAGCUUGAGAUAGUGUUCAAGACCAUGGCGGUGACUUCUACUGACCAGAAAUUCGCCGGUCUACUCAGACUGUUGGAUGAAACGACCUCUUCACUGCUGGCAGCGAUCACCCGAUCCAAAUCUGAUCAUGCCUAUGAAGAAUCGAAAAC